AGUGUGGCAACGGAGGCGGGUCUGGGCUUAGUCACUGGUGAUGGUGGCUUUCGGUGGCAGAUUGGGUGAGGCCGCGGUUGUCUUCAUUUGUCAAAACAGAAGCGCCAGGCAUAUUAAAAGAGACCGACGAGCUAGAGUAAAGGAUUCGUAGAGCUGCUGUUUGUGUCGUUGUUUAGUGGCCGGCGUAGAGUUAAAGCUUGAAGCCGCUUGUCGGACACAAACGCUGCUUUGUUAUAUAAUAUAUAGUUUGUGCAUUAUUUUGCCGAGUUGUAUCCCUGCUCCCCCCAGGCCUGGCUGUCGCCCCCCACUGGUGCUUGCCUGCACCAUGUCUUAUGCUUAUCUGUUUAAAUACAUUAUUAUUGGAGAUACAGGUGUGGGAAAGUCUUGCCUUUUACUGCAGUUCACAGACAAACGUUUCCAGCCAGUCCAUGACUUGACAAUUGGUGUUGAGUUUGGUGCCCGGAUGAUCAAUGUUGAAGGAAAACAGAUCAAAUUACAGAUCUGGGAUACGGCAGGUCAGGAAUCCUUUAGGUCGAUCACUCGCUCUUAUUAUAGGGGAGCAGCAGGAGCCUUGCUUGUAUACGACAUCACAAGACGAGACACAUUUAACCAUUUAACUUCUUGGUUGGAAGAUGCCAGGCAACAUUCCAGUUCUAACAUGGUGAUAAUGCUGAUUGGAAAUAAAAGUGACCUUGAAUCCCGUCGUGAUGUCAGGAGAGAGGAAGGAGAAGCUUUUGCUCGAGAACAUGGUCUUGUUUUCAUGGAAACUUCAGCAAAGACCUCAGCCAAUGUGGAGGAGGCAUUCAUUGACACAGCAAAGGAAAUCUAUAAGAAGAUUCAGCAGGGUCUGUUUGAUAUCAACAAUGAGGCAAACGGCAUCAAGAUAGGACCUCAACAGUCCAUUAGCCAAACAGCUGGUGCAGGAGCCCGCCAAGGCCAGCAGGGACCUAGUGGCGACAGUGGAUGCUGCUAAAUAGUUGUGCUCAUGUACACCAGUCAUUGGUAUUAUGCUGCGGAGGGGCCACAUGCAAUUCGCUCCAGUGCACUGACAUGUUGAGGCUUGUAGUGCACACAGACUCUGCAGAUUUUACUUUGCUUUUAAUGUUUUAGUUUACAGCUUGAAUCAGUGUUUCUCCUUUAAGUGUCAAUUUCUGCAACCUUUCAAAAUGGUUUUGGCCAAAGGGGGAACAGGAUUUCCAGUUUGGUGCAUUACUUUAUAUGUCCUUUCGCAGCAAGGCUCAUAGACUGUAAACAUGUGGUAGAGGACUCCAUUUUCUGUCUGGCGGAGCUUGGAAGAGAGUAAACUGGACUACCUUAGCUGAUGACUUUUGUCCUCAGCGGCCUGCUAAUUACAUGUCAGUAACAUAAACAACAUAGUUCUGCCUCAGAACUUUAGAUUUAUGGAUGAUAUAUGUGCUGAAUUUUUGUAUAUUUCUGUAAUGCAGAUGUCCACAUUGCUUCUGUACAUGUUGGUAUGCAUUGUAGGCAGAACUGAGACAGAAGGGCAGUAUCUAGAAGCUGUAGUUUUCUUCUGUAGGCACUGCCUACUGGCUUUCCAGGUCACUAUAAACUGUAUUAAUUUCAGUGUACUGUCUUUUGGUGUCCUUUAUCAUGUUACUGCAUUCAAGAAAAUAAUGGAUACUUUAUAAAGAAAAGGGCUUCCAGCAUUUUUAUGCAAGUCUGUGGUUGUGAAGAACUAAAAUUUUCAAGUACAUGGAGAAUUGUUUUCCCUUUGUUUUUCAUAAAGUGGUGAUAAUGUUUGUCUUGUUGUCUUAGAUAAAAUACUGUUCUGCUUC